ACUACCGAGCACAAUUCACCGAAGAUCAAUCUGAAGGCUUCCCCUUCCGCCACUUUGAAUCGAAUAGAAUCGCUGAAAGGUUCGACAGAGCAUGUUCUGAGCCCUCUUGGCCGCCUAGCGGUACUCUCGGAGGCUUCCCAGACGAGCGACCUCGACUGGGCUUUGAUACGUAUUGACUCACCUCUACCCCUGUCAAUCCAUGAAUCACCUAGAUAUACUCGUACUCAAAGCGUCGCACGAGAAAUACCCCGGAAAUCUAAGAUACAAGUUAUGACAACUACCGAGUAUAUCAUUCAAGGAACCAUCACUGGGGGUUCAACCUUCAUGCAACUUCCUCACAGCGUCGCAUUUCAAGAAAUGUGGUCUGUACAGCUCGAUGGACCACUGAGACACGGGAAUUGCGGAUCUUGGGUUGUCGAUUUCGAAAGUGGGGAAUUUUAUGGAUAUAUCACUGCUGGAGAUCCACGCACCUCUAUCGCCUAUAUCGUUCCCGCAUAUCAGGCUUUCCGUGACAUUGAGCAGAGAUUAAACAAGAAAGUGAACUUUCCUAGCUUUGAAGAGACUUCCUCUUUGCAAAGAGCUCAAACGCCAGAGAAAGCUUCAUUACAGAGCCAGACCUUGUUCUCUCCACCACAGCAUGAAAAAGUGUUAGUAGAUGGCUCUCUUCCGAAAGGGGAUUGCCGCUACAUUUUGUUGCAUGCCGAGCUCAAAGGCUUAAGGUGCUCUUGCACUGGGUUGAUGCGGAAUCGAUCAAUUCCGGGGAGUACCUGCGACUGUGGUCAUCAAGCAUGCUACCAUGCUCUGGAAAAGGAUUCGACUUCCUCUGAGGGAAAAGAACUUGUGAUUUUGAGAAACAAAGUUGCUCUACUAGAAAAAGAGCUGGACAGAGAGAGGCACAAAGGCCUUACCGACAGGCUGGGUCAACUGGAAGAUCUUGUUGACAAAAUGAGGACAGAGAACGAAAACGACUUCAAAAAUACGCAUCAAAACAUCGCAGGUCUUUGGCAGCACAUCGGAACUCUGAUUAAACAGACAUCGUAUUACGAUGACCAAAUUGAAGGAUUGAUUGACGAUGCGGAACGAAUGCGUUCUCGGUUAACUGAAAUUGACGAUGCGUCCAUGUGCAUCAAGGAUAGGGUCGAGCAACUUGAGGGUUCUUCAAUUACUACAGAACCGAUCACUGCUAAGCAAAUAUCAGAAGAUGAAAUCGAGACUGGCAGUCCAACGGACCCUCAACCUCGAUCUAAUGUUGAGCUCGCUCAUAUACAAAUGUUCAGAGAAAGACUCACCUCGUUGGGCACCAAAGCUGAGUCUUGGACAGUUCAUGUUUCUUUGCUGCCGACAGCCUCACAGCCAUUCCCCUUUGAGAAGGAUACCGCGGCAUACAAGCGAUGUUUGUCGAGAGGCCUUAAUCAAAUGAUUGUCAUCACCAACACAGAUCACGAGUCAUUCACUGCCGCUGUCAACGAAGCUUUCUCCAAGAUCUUGCGAGGGCGUCCUUGGCAGCCUCUUAUUGCAAGAACCUGUGACGCUAGAAAUCUACGAGGACUUCCGAUGCUACGUCAACUUCCAGAUCGGCUUAAUAGCGGGAAUUAUGACGCUGAUUUUCUGCAAAAGAACUGUGCCAUCAUGGACGAGGAGGGGAAAAUAUUGGACAUAUACAUCGCAAUGGUGGAAGACUCUUUAUCAUGGGCUGAGUUGAAAGCCAUAGCUCCAUAUACGCUAGGCCUCGAUUCAUCAUGGACAUAUGAUCCACUCUUGGAUGGGCCAUAUAACGAGGGCGGCGAGCACAAUCUCGGCGUGGCAGUACCGGAUAAGUUGCACCCGGCUGGAGAUAUCCUGCCUCCUUGGUCGCCAUCACGGAAGCGCAAGGAGUCUGACAUGAGUAGAACACCUAGCUUCAGUUCUUCAUCACAACCACAACGUAGUUCCACCGGUAUGGGAGGCAAAAGACGGCGAGAAGAGACGCAACCGAGAUAUAUAAUUUAG